GAGAUGAAGCGCAGGAGCUGCUGCAUCGCGACAGGAGUGGAGGCUGCAGCUUCGUUGACCUGAUAAAUCUUUGAAAGCUUGUGCUGGAAUUGUGUGGACUCAUACAAAGGAACAGCUUUUAUUUCUUUGGGGAAUCUGUAUCUUCACAUUCCAUUCAAGAGGACUUCUGUGAGGUUUCACCAUGCAGCGAAAGGACGAACCCAGCUAGGGAACCAAAUAGCUCACCGCUGCUAGCUGUCAGCUGGACCAGCCAACAAGCGGCCUCUCGUUACGUUCACAUCAAGGGAUUUGGCAAGACCCAAGUAAGUAGCAGUAAAUAUCCCCACUAUGGAUUUCAGCAAAUCGGUCACCUUGUGGAUUUUCUGUCUAUGCCUGCUGGGCAAGAGUUUAAUGGAGAAGCAAGGUUCUGUUGAUGCUGAACAGCAGCAAAGUGACAGUAGUUUGUCAGAGCUCUGUCGCAUUGAUAAGCCUCUGUGCAAGGAUGUCAAUGCCAUCCUCAGCUAUGAGGCUAUCUGCAGCAUCCACAAGCAGAUGGAUGACGAUGCCAACGGAAACGUCGACGUGCUGGAAACGGAUGGGUUCUUAAGAGAGGACCUGAACUACCAUGACCCUAAAGCCAAGCACAACAGUUUCCAUGGAGAUGACCAGUUCAUCAGUGUGGAAGACCUGUGGAAUGUGUGGAAAGGCUCGGAAGUGUUCAACUGGACAGUGGACGAGGUGGUGGAGUGGCUCAUCACCUAUGUGGAACUGCCGCAGUAUGAGGAGAGCUUUCGCAAGAUGAACUUCAACGGCAGCGCCAUGCCCAGGUUAGCUGUGAAGAAUGCCACUCUGACGGUCACGGUCCUGAAGAUCUUGGACCGUAACCACGCGCAGAAGCUCCAGCUCAAGUCCUUGGACACGGUCCUUUUCGGACCUCCACUGAUGAACAGACAUAACCAUCUGAAGGACUUCAUGCUGGUAGUGUCCAUAGUCAUAGGCAUGGGUGGCUGCUGGUUUGCCUUCAUCCAGAACCGCUACUCCAAGGACCACAUGAAGAAGAUGAUGAAGGACCUGGAGGGCCUGCAGAGGGCCGAGCAGAGCUUGCAUGACCUGCAGCAGAAGCUCCAGAUAGCCCAGGAGGAGCACCACACAGUGGAGGUGGAAAAGGUGACCCUGGAGCAGAAGUUGCGGGAUGAGAUCAACAGUGCCAAGCAGGAGGCCCAGCGGCUACGGGAGCUGCGCGAGGGCACCGUGAGCGAGCUAACCCGCCAGAAAUACGCCGAGGAGGAACUGGAGCAGGUGCGCAUGGCUCUGAAGAAGGCGGAGAAGGAGCUGGAGUCGCGCAGCAGCUGGGCUCCCCCAGAUUCCCUGCAGAAGUGGCUGCAGCUCACGCACGAGGUGGAGGUGCAGUACUACAACAUCAAGAAACAGAAUGCAGAGCGGCAGCUGCUGGUGGCCAAAGAAGGGGCUGAGAAAAUUAAGAAAAAGAGGAACACCCUCUUUGGGACCUUUCAUGUGGCACACAGCUCUUCACUGGAUGAUGUGGAUCACAAGAUCCUCUCAGCCAAGCAAGCGCUGGGCGAGGUGACGGCCGCCCUUCGCGAGCGCCUGCAUCGGUGGCAGCAGAUCGAGAUUCUGACGGGCUUCACGAUCGUCAACAACCCCGGCCUACCCUCACUGGCCUCGACCCUCAACCUGGACCCCAGUUUCAUGGGCGGCCGGGCCACGCCCCAGCCUUUCCUCCUGUCGGACGACAUGGACGACAUGGACGACGAGUUCAUCACGCCAGGCACCCUCCAAUAUGCCACCAUGCUCAUGGAACGGCGAGCAAGUGACCUGUGGUCCCUCAACUCGGACAGCCAAUCCCUGUGGAAAUACUCGGCUCCCAGUAUGAUGUCCCUGCGCCAACGCCACAUCGACCCGCAGCUGGCCAUGGGCUCCCAGAGGUUGGUAGAGGGCUGCCCUCUGGCGGCGGGGGGGACACAGGGGGAGGCCAGCGGCGGCCUGCACCCCCAGUCCCACCAAUCUCACCAGUCCCACCAGUCCCACACUGGGGUCUCUCUCCUGCAGUGCCGCAGCCGCUCCUUCGAGCACCCCUCCAUUAUCUGCACCUCCUCUUCCUCAUCCUCCCUCGCUGCUGCUCCUCCUCCUCCUCUUCCUCUCUCCUUCUCCUCUCUAGCAGCCUCUUCCAGCCGUCUUCAUUCCUCCCACUGCCACUCGUCUUAUUUCCAGCCCAUGGACACCUUUGCCGACUUCCCCAAUGACAACAUCCCCCAUAUGCGCUCACGCCUCUCCGGCAGUCAUGGGGACCUGAACCGCUCGGACUCGGACUCGUCCCUCUGCAUCUCUCAGGUGGGCGAGCAGUUGCGUCUAACCACCUCCUACGGUGGCUCCAAGGGCCUCAUGAUGAAGCCCACCUCCCUGAUGCACGGCGCCGGGGCUCGUGGUGUGGACGAGGCCGGCCCCAUGCACACCGCCUACACCCCCAACGGCGGCAGCCGCGUGCCAGACGCCUCCCCCGAGGCCGUCUCAGACAGCCCCAUUCUCAUGAAGAAGACCUACAGCAUCGAAAAGUCGGCCAGCCUCGGCGAGAUCAACAGCAGCAGCAGCAGCAGCGCCGUUGCCGCCCAGGCCGCCCAGCUCUCCAUGUCCGAGUCUUCACGCUCGCUGAGCCCGAACUCCACCGACCCGGACACACCGUCCCCCACCGGGCUGCCCGGGGCGGCCGGGACCAAAGUCAGCAGCCGGAUCCCCCACCUGUCCUCCAAGAAGAGCCCCCUGGAGGAUGACAGUGGCUCCACGGGCGAUGACACUGACUCGGUCACCAGCAGAAAGAAACACACCUUCAAGAUCUUUAAGAAGCAGAAGAAGUAAACAGAUGAAAAUAAUAUAAAUAUAAAAAAAGAACAGGGACUGUGGACUGCUUUAUAGCUGUCAAAGGUUUUUUUUGUUUGUUCUUUUUAUUUUGUUGUUGAUGGUAAAAAUUAUUUUCUGUUCUUGAAGCAGAUGUCCAAAUAUAUGUACUCCAGAUAUUUUUUUCUUUAUUUCACUGGUUACAAACGAUGGCACAAACUGUUGCCUUUUGAAAGUUUUGUAAGGUACUUUUUUCUUAGGAACUUUGGGAGCAACCAGCAAGUCAUUGAUGUCAUUGUAUUGCUUUUUUUUUUUUUUGAUUAAU